CGGUAAUGUAAGCGCCGAACUUAUUUUGACGGCGUUUGUGACCGCUGCGGCGGUGCAGCGUGCUUUUUUGCGGUUCAGUGGUUUAGCAUCGUUUAGAAAGCUUUGCGACGCAAACUCCACGAUCAUGAAUUGCCUACGAAGUCUGGGGAACGCAUUCGCCCAAAUGACACUCCACGCGACCAAGCCGUGUCGGAGUCUAUCCUUUUGCGCAACCACGGCGUGGCAGGCGAGCCUGCCGACCACUUAUGCCAGCAAGUCGACGGCAAACGCUCCCGCGACACUGCAAAUCCACAGGCCGAGCCUGCCGACCGUCCAACCGGUGCGUCACCGGUUCUUUGUCCGGUUCAAGGGCAACCCUCACCGUGAUGGCCUCAUCUACGACCCGAUCCUUGAAAAGGUGCAUGCCGGCGGCAUCCCACCACCCAAGAAGAAGCGCCGCCACCCACUAGACAGCAAGCCCUUCAUGAAAGGCGUUGUGAUCAAGACGCUCAUCAAAAAGCCCAAGAAGCCAAACUCGGCCAAUCGCAAGUGCGUACUGGUGCGUCUCUCUAACGGCAAGGAGGCGACGGCCUACGUGCCCGGCGUCGGCCACAACCUGCAGGAGCACAGCGUCGUCCUGGUGUACAAGUCGAGGACAAAGGACGUCCCGGGACUCAAGCUCAAAGUGGUGCGCGGGAAGUAUGACUGCGCCCACGUAAUCAGGAAACCGCAGGCCGGAUCGUGAAAAGAGUGUAGCGCUGCUAUUGUUUCAAGUGGCUCGCGCCAAUGGCUGCUGAGCCGAAGCUCCUGUUGCUUGAGCGGAGCAGUUCUAGGUCAUCACUGAAGAGCAUUGUUGUUGAACCGAGAGCCACAUAGUGCUCUCAGUAAUGCCUUGUCCUUGUCUUGCAUGACCUUACUGGCACUGUCAGAGCUUUCCGAAACGACCAACCCGAAGUGACAUUAGCUUUGAUGCAGCUGUGUGUCCAGGUCAUUCACGCAACCUGCCGAUGUUCGACAGCAAUUCUCUUCAGCAGCAUUGAAGUGUGCUUGCGUAACACUGUUGUUAGAGGUUGGAAAGAUUCUUUCGUAGUUUAUUGAAAUAAAGAAGUGAUGCAGGAGUAUCCCGAGUGCCUCAAGUAGUUUUAAAGAA